GAUCGAGUAUUUUUUGCUGUUAAAUAAUAGACUUUAUUUUAAUGAGUCCAAAGAACAUUUUCAGAUAUUUUUUGAUAACUAAACAUAGAGAUAACUUUAUGUAAAUAUAUUUUUUUCAAGUGAUAAGUUUCUUUUAGUCAGUUUUCAUUCAUUUGUAAUACUUGUGUUCGUCUUUAGAACUUUAAAAUUCUUAAUCAUGAUUUUCCUCAAAGGAAAUAGAAUAAUUAGCAUCAGAAUGUGUUCCGCCAAGCUUGUAAAGGCAAUGGCAGCGUAUUCGAGUAAAGUGUCCCUCAAUGAGGUAGUGAUCGUGUCGGCAGUUAGGACUCCAGUGGGGUCCUUCAGAGGAAGCCUGGCUAGUCUAUCAGCUACCGAUCUUGGAGCCGUCGCAGUCAAGGCAGCAGUCGAAAGAGCCGGCAUUCCCAAAGAGGAAAUUAAAGAGGUAUACUUUGGAAAUGUUUGUGGGGCUAACUUGGGUCAGGCUCCAGCUAGGCAAGCUGUAAUUUUUGGUGGUCUACCAAAGAGCACAAUCUGUACAACAGUGAACAAAGUAUGUUCUUCAGGCAUGAAGGCCAUCAUGCUAGCUGCACAGGGCUUGCAGACUGGAGCCCAGGAUGUCAUGCUAGCUGGAGGAAUGGAAUCCAUGUCUAAUGUACCCUUCUAUCUGAAAAGAGGAGAGACAACCUAUGGUGGGAUGCAAUUAGUAGACGGCAUAGUAUUUGAUGGUCUCACUGAUGUGUACAAUAAAUUCCAUAUGGGCAACUGUGCAGAAAACACAGCAAAAAAAUUAAACAUUUCAAGGCAAGAUCAAGAUGAUUAUGCUAUUUCAAGUUACAAGCGCAGUGCGGCUGCACAAGAGGCUAAAGCAUUUGCUGAUGAAAUUGUCCCAGUGCCUGUUCCACAGAGGAGAGGAGCUCCCCCAGUUAUAUUUUCAGAAGAUGAGGAGUACAAAAAAGUGAACUUUGAGAAAUUCACCAAGUUGGCAACAGUAUUCCAAAAAGAAAAUGGCACUGUCACAGCAGGCAAUGCAUCUACAUUGAAUGAUGGUGCUGCAGCUUUAGUGUUGAUGACAGCGGAUGCUGCUGCCAGACUUAAGGUUAAACCUAUUGCCCGAGUAGUGGGCUUUGCUGAUGGUGAAUGUGACCCUAUUGACUUCCCCAUUGCUCCAGCAGUAGCCAUUCCAAAGCUGUUGGAAAAAACUGGAGUGAAGAAGGAUGAUGUAGCUCUUUGGGAAAUAAAUGAAGCUUUCAGUGUUGUAGCAGUUGCCAACCAGAAAAUAUUGGAAUUGGACCCCAAAAAGUUGAAUGUCCAUGGAGGAGCAGUGAGUCUUGGUCAUCCAAUUGGCAUGUCUGGUGCUCGGAUUGUAGUACACUUGUGCCAUGCUCUAAAGAAGGGAGAGAAAGGUGUUGCAUCCAUUUGCAAUGGUGGUGGCGGAGCAUCAUCUAUUAUGAUUGAGAAAUUGUAAGUUCUCUGACUGCUUUAUUUGUGCCUUCAAUAAGUUUACUGUAUAAUAGCGCGUGUGGAAUAUUAAUUUAAGUAUAAUAUAUUGUUAAACAUUUAAAAGAAUCUAAAAUGUAAAUAAAAUUGUUUUAUACCUGGUUGUAGCGUGUGCUAUGAUUGUUAAAUAAAGCAUCUAUUUCCUUU